GUAUACUACAUGCAGUGCACUAAUUUGGUUACACUUUGCACACUGUCAUACGAAAUAUAAAGUAUAGUACAGUUUGUGCGCUAUAUUUUAACACAUUACAUUCUAGUACUGUCCAUUACACUGCAUAACAUUGUUACACUAUGUGACUGCAAUACCGGAUAUAUAUUACAUGAUAGAACACUAACACAAACACAAUAGAGUGCAUUACAUUGUAGUUCAUUGCAAUACGUUGUGAGCUACACUCCAUCACAGUACAUGAAACUACAGUACACGACAAUAGAGUACAUUAUAGUACCUGCACUACAUUGUAGUACACUAACACAGCAUCAUGGUUCUGUACAUUAAACUGCAUAAUAUGAAUAGACUAGGUAAUAGUACUGUAUAUUACAACAAAAACAUAUAACUGCUUUACAGGAUUGUCUAUUGCAUCCUACAUGAAAACAGCGGACAGCAUCGUACAUUAAACUACAUUACAGUAUUGUGUGCUACAUUACAUUAUAGCACUAUAUUACACCGCAUCAUGUUACACUAAAUAACUACAUUAUGCUGUAUAACAUUAGAGUACACUACAUUAUUCUGCAUUAUAAUACAUUACAGUACACUACAUUAAAGUACAUUGACCUACAUAACAUCUCGUUAUAUUACACUACAUUUUGUACACGUCAUGAAAUUAAUGUACGUUAUUUUAAUUAACAUCGACUACAUUGCGCUACGUGAUAGUACCUUUCGUAAUAGUAAACUGCACUACUUGUUACGUAAGGGAGGACUUGACUUCUUAUCACCUAUUACUAAUGGAACUUUGUCAGUGCCAUGUGACCACCUGCACCAAUCAAAUGUGAAACGUGCGUGCGUGCGCAGAGAGCCGUCGCCCGGCGUCCGAGUGUUUCCUGGCCGUGCUGUCGUCUCACGGCGGCGACGGCUGUGUGCUGGGUGCGGACGGCGCCCCCGUGUGGCUGUCGCGGGUGUUCGCCUACUUCGACCGCGCCGACAUGGAGCGCAUGGCCAAAGUGUUCCUCAUCCAGGCGUGUCGCGGCGACGCCACGGACGACGGCGUCGCCGCGGAUACCGUGGAUUCGUGCGGCGAGCGGGACGAAGGCGGAGCCUCUCACGACGUGUCCGUGCCCGUGCCCGUCAACUCGGCCGUCAUGUACGCCACCGUCGCAGCCAGCAUGAGGAAAGGGGCUUUGGGCCGGCGUGGCCACUUAAGAGCGCCUCGUUGUUGGCCGUGAGUGCAGAGAAAGCUGGAAGAGCAAGCUACGUGGCAUUCAUGCACCGCAAGGGCUCGGUGUUCCUGCAGACCUUCUGCUCCCUGCUGGAGGAUGAGGACCACACGGGCAUGGAGCUGAUGCGCCUGAUGACCCGCCUGUCGCACCGCGUGGCCUUCACCUUCCGGGCCAAAGGUCGCGAGUUCGGCGGCAAGAAGGAGAUGCCGUGCCUCCUCAGCCGCAUGACCCGUGACGUCUUCCCCUUCGCCAAAGGUCCGGCGCCGGCGCCGGCUGUCACCUUCGUGGCCCGUGAUGUCACCAAGAAGCGCCCGGCGUCCAUCGGCUAAACUUUUUUUUAAUUAUUUAUGACUUCUACAACCAGAAGGAGUCGCAAUGAAUGAAUCAUGAUCCACAAACAGUUUCAUUCUUUACAUUCUAUUGAAUUAUGUUAUACUGCAUGUUUUUGAAGAACAUUAUUAUUUUUUUUUUUAGGAGGAGGAGGGUGGAACAGAUUAAUGGCAUUUGCAUUAAUGUCAAUGAUGAUUUGGGAUAAAUGUCUCGAGUUAGGAGCGUGGCCACGGAACAAAUUCAACUUGUACGUCAAGGCAGAGCUGUACAUGUCAGGCAAAAGCAGCCAUUUUUCUGUAUGUUGGAUACAUUUGACCCGAGGUAGGGGCUUCAAAACUGCAAAUAUUUGCAGCUUGUCGGCUCGUUUUGUGGGGUUAAAUUGUUGAAUAUUUAUUCAGGGCUGUUUAUGUAUACGUUUUAGAAGGACAUUUCUUCCCAAGAUGAAGCACUUCAUUUUUACACUACCUGUAAGGAGAAAAUAUAAAAUGUAUUAGUUGAUGAAGGUAAAUGCUUGGGGUGGCAUGUCAUUAUAUAAGGUGGUUUGGUGCCAGGAGAACUACAGCAAAUACCAGAAAGGCAAAACCAGUUUGUCUUGAAUAUUUCAAUAAUGUUGGGUUUUUUUUUGUUUUGUUUUUUGUGAGCAAAGUUGGAAAAUUAUUAAAAUCUGAAAAUGUGUGGUGACUUGAAUGCAAGUUCUCCCAGCGUGCGAGAAGGAAGUGGAGCAUUCUUGCUAAAAAAAAAAAAAAAAAAAGGGUCCUGACGUGCUGAUGGCGUGAAGUGAGCAGGGAGUGGGGGAGUUCCUCAAGGCUCCUGUGUAUCCCCCCACAUUCUUCAAUUCGACAAGAUGCUCCAUUUUCAUUUUUGUAGCACACAUUUAGCUUCACAUUUACUGGAAUCAAACUGUUUUGUGUUAUCCGUUUUUGUUGUGACCCUUAAAAUAAAUACAGUAGGGACCCCCUACAAGUGGA